AUGUUCCAUCGUUUUUGGCGGGAAAAAAAGAUUAAAAAAAGAAAAGAAAAGAAAAAAUUAUAGCCGUGAAUCAACCGUGAAGUAAGAUCACUGUCGACAGUUUUCUUCUUUUUCUGUGUCCCACUUCGCUUCUGCCACCUGCAAGAGGCGUAACAUCAUCAACUGUUAAUGUUGUGUGACUCAUAACAAUCAGAUCGUCACUUAUUGUGAGUAAUCUCUGAAUCAUCAACCAGGGCUUAUAAAAUUCUUUAAAAAAUUUCCAAUUCGAAAUUCUAUUCUUUAGAAUAAAGAUUUCGGCCAGAAAAGGUAAAAAAAGUAUUAUUUAGAUAUAAAGUUUGGUUUUGGCUAUUUUCCCGACUAUAAGCUGACUUUUUAACUUGGCGUCGCGUCCAUUGAUAAACAGCUUCAUUUUUUUUAACCGUCAGUGCUCAUUUUUCUUCACUUUAUUUGGAUUCCUGCUUGUUUACCAUCUUGAUAUUGGAGAUAAAUACUAAUGUUAUGGGAAAACAUGGUGGAUUUUAAAAUUUCCUGUCGAGAUAUCGGUUCUUAUGUCUGACGUCUCAGCUCUGAUUGGUCGCCCAUACUCAAACACUCAUCAAUAAUGAAAAUCCGCUUUUCAGCGUCGAAACUUUACGCGUUGUUUGUAAAUGUCUUUUUCCACAAAUCGACGCUGUUUGGUGCUUGGGAUUAGUGCAUGAGUAUUAACUGAGGAAUUUGGUAACCUUAAAGAAAAGCAAGAGGAUUUUCGGAGGUUUUCACUUCUGGUCCGGGAAAUCCUGGGAACGAUUUCCGCUGUGCUCUGCUGUGCUCUGCUGUGCUCUGCUGUGCUUGGGUUUGGACAACGUUCAAGUGCUUGAAGACCCGUAAACAUUAUAAGACAAGGCUCGGUCCAGACAUUCCRACAGAUACUCUUUUCCAUCUUGGAUUUUAACUCGGAGAAAAUUCAGUGAAUCAGUGUUUCUUCUGAUAAGCCUCUCUUGGAACUACACCUUUUGUUCUUAUUUGAAGACUUCAACUUUUGUUUUCGUUUUUCCCCUGGAAUUUAAGAAGUCGUAAAUGGAGAAUUGUCUACAGUUGUAAACAAACUUUUUCAGCGUGUAUGUACAAGCUUUCACGACUACGAAAUGGGGAAAGCAAUUGUAUUUGAAAUUUUACCACACAGGCGAGAAAAAACUUACCAUCCGGGAGAAGUUGUUUCUGGUGAAUGUGUUAUUGAAUUGAAGGAAAGUUUGAAAUUCCGUAGCGUGAAUAUCGAAUUCAUUGGAGAAGCAAGAACGACAUGGGAUGAAAUGCAGAACUAUACUACGACUCACAAGGAUGAAGAGAUAUAUUUUCAUAAAAAAUCUUCGCUUAUUUCUAGUGGUAACGAAAAGAAAGGCUCGGUCAGCGUACUUUCGCCUGGGAGACAUGUCAUGGAGUUUACUUUCAAAAUCCCGCCAUUCAGUCUCCCAUCAUCCUUUGAUAGCAAGCAUGGUCACGUGAGACACUAUCUGAGGGCGCGGAUCAUUAGACCUUGGAGAUUUGACGAGGUUACUAAGGAGGAUAUUCACGUGAUUGAUUUGAUUGAUGUCAAUUGUCCUCGAAUGCUGAUGCCAGUGUUCGGAGAAGCUCAACGAUCGCUCAACUGCUUACGUAACGGGACGGCCGCACCUUUACAGGCCCUCGUACAAUCCGACCGCAGUGGUUACUGUCCAGGCGAAAAGGCUAGUUUAAUAGUGGAGAUCAAAAACCUCCCACUAACAGAGAAAUACCAGACCACUAUUUACCUGAUACAAAAUGUGACGUAUAAAUCCCGAUGCGGGAAACAUCGAAACGAUUACAAGCGGCUCAAGUUGUUACAGCGGUCGUCUUCAUCGAACAAGUGCGAUGAAGUGGAGAUCCCGGAUGUUGUGCCCAGCAUGAGGAAUUGUGGGAUUUUAUCUAUCUCGUACUAUUUAAAGGUAGUGAUAGCGCUGGUCCAAGGUCAAGAUUCAGGUAUGGACCUCGAGGUUGACCUUCCUAUCACCAUAGGAACAGUACCGCUGCGCAAGUCUUACGGGCUCAUAAGUAAGAUGAUUCCGUGUUCUCAACUGAACGAGAGCAAGUUUAACAACAAGACAUUCGUUACGAUUAAACACAUGUCUCAAGUGAAUCUCUUUUCACUCUCUGCAGUAGCGACUUGAUGAGUCAGUCAGUCAGUCAGUCAGUCAGUCAGUCAGUCAGUCAUUCAGUCAGUCAG